AUGCAAAAAAUAAUUAGAAAAUUAUUUGAAGUUGAGGGGGAAGACGAAGAAACUGACAAUAGAGAAAAUGAUGAUGGAGAAUGCAUGGAGACAAUAUCAGGAGAAGAAAUGUAUGGCAAAAAAGAAACUGAUGAGGAAAACAUGCAGCUGCAGCCAAUGGAUGAGUACUGCGAUGAUAAUACAUCGACAAUGGUACACCACUUGCUCUCACGAAUAAUUCAGGCUUCGUUAGGAGAUGAAGACGAGAGUAUGCAACGGGACAUACUGCGAGAGGUGGUGUCUAACCUGCCAAUUGGCGGCAGUCGAGAGGAAUUGCGUGCUGGAAUUGAAAGAAGUAUUGAAAACAUUAUCGCAUCAUGGCCACAACAAGAUGACCCUGAAAAUGUUGAAGCAAUGUGUCAAACCAUCCGGGAGAUAAUUAACGAAAUUGUAUUUCGAUUGGACAGUGAGACAAAGAUAUUAAGGAUAAACCAUGAAGAACCGCAGCGAAUUGUAAGGAAAUUGCUGCACGAUAUCGGAAUAGACAAAGAUGCUGGGAUAGACGUUACUAUGCUUCAAGAUGUGUUAGUUGAACUAUUGGCAGAAGAAGACGGAGUAACUGCUGCAACAAAUCACCUCUUGAGCAAUCUCCCAGACAACACUAGCGACGAUGAGAAACAGGGUGUACGAGAACAUUCCACCAAAGUGUUCACAGAUAUUUCUCAACUGAUUGCACAAUCCCAGGUGUCGGCCGACGAACUUGAACACCUAGAAUCGACAGUGGAGGUAAAACAUGACGAGAGCAAGCUUCCAGAACAAACUACGGAGCUAGAUACUGAACGGACUGAAGCUUCGCUACCAACAGUAGAGAUAACUGGACAGGAAUCUCAAGAAAGAAGAGAAUCGACCCAGAAGGAAUCAGAAUCUGAAUCAAAUGAAUGA